CAAGAACAUCAAUCUCACCCAAGCUACAAAUCUCUCUCUAUCUUGCUUUUCUCAUCAAUUGCUACAGGUUGCUUGGCAAAGAAACGUUUUCUGCUUGCUGCAGAUUAAUCGAAGGAGAACACAAAGAAAAUCAAUUAGCGCGGCCUGCGGCAUGUCGUCCCAGACUGUGAAGAAGUGCGGUGUCCUCGGAGCCACAGGUUCAGUCGGUCAACGAUUUAUCCUUCUCCUCGCCGACCACCCCUUCCUCGUUCUGCACAAAGUCGGCGCCUCGUCUCGCUCCGCCGGCAAGAAGUACAAAGAUGCCGUGAAAUGGAAACAAGCCAGCCCCAUGUCAAAAAAAAUCGCUGAGCUGGUAGUUCAAGAUUGCACAGCCGAGAACUUCACCGAUUGCGACCUCGUAUUUUCUGGGCUGGACAGCGAUGUUGCUGGUGACGUUGAGAUGCAAUUCAUCAAGGCCGAAAUCCCAAUCUUUUCGAAUGCGAAGAAUUACCGCAAGCACCCAUUGGUUCCCCUGGUUGUGCCGACGGUCAACCCGUCGCAUUUAGCCCUGAUCCCGCAUCAACGAAAAGAAUUUGGCUUGAAGAAGGGCUUUCUUGUUUGUAACUCAAACUGCGCGGUGAUCGGCAUUGUCAUACCAUUUGCGGCCAUCCAAGCCAAGUUCGGUCCCGUGGAGGAGGUCGAGAUCUUUACAGAACAAGCUGUUUCCGGUGGCGGCUACCCAGGUGUUCCUUCCAUGGACGUGUUAGACAAUGUCAUUCCGUUCAUUAGCGGCGAGGAAGACAAGCUAGAGUCAGAGGCACAAAAGAUUCUCGGAACACUCAAUAGCGGAGCCACGGCGUGUGAGGAGCAAGCCGGUCUACGAGUUGGUGCUACUUGCACGAGGGUUGGCGUUACGGACGGCCACAUGGCAUUUGUGUCUAUGCGCUUCAAGAAUAGGCCUCCUCCCAGUGCCGAGCAAGUCAAGCAAGCGCUACGCGAAUACAAGUCUGAGGCCCAGAAACUGGGUGCUCAUUCUGCCCCAGAGCAAGCCAUUGUUGUAUUCGACGAGCCCGACCGACCUCAGCCUAGGCUUGACCGCAACCUCUCCAAUGGAUACGCAGUGAGCGUCGGCCGUGUGCGAGAAGGAAACCCAGGCGGGCAUUUUGAUAUUCGCUUCGCCUGUCUCUCGCAUAAUACAGUGAUAGGUGCUGCAGGCUCAUCCACCAUGAACGCAGAGUUGGCUGUCAUCAAAGGAUACAUCUAAAAGUUGGGCAUCGUACAUAUCUACAUAGAGCAAUCGAUCACAUACCCUUUUUCA